GACAGACAGAGGGUGUGGACGAUAUUCGACGGAGUGUUUGGAACCCACGAAAUUUCCCGCAUUUUUAUUUAGUCGCGUCUUCCAGACUGUUCGAAUUCUCUUUGGAUCGGCAACUGAAAUAAAAGCAAUUUCUCUACCAAAAAUCCGCACAAAAGCUCGGAUCCGAUUUUUGUUCUGAGAGAGGAUUUGAAUCACCGAGAGAGCUUUCGUUCACCACUAUUUUUCAGUGCUCAAAAGACUUGUUAUGGGCGUUGUGACUGUUUCUAGCUCGGCUUCUCAGACUCCAUUCGGUGUGGGCACAAGAUUCUCAACUCAUCGUUCUGCAUCAAGAAGACCCUUCUUCUUGGCUUUUAAGACAGAUAAAAGCAAGAACCCAGCUUUGGUUGCACCCCAAGAGUCCAUUCCUCUACCCAUAGAUGCACCUAAAGAUGUCCAUAAAAGCCUAAGGAGACCCAGAGGCAAACCUCCGAAAAGAGUAAAAGCAAUCUCCAGUGAUAGAGCUUCAGCUUGCACUAUAGACUUGGAUUAUAACGAAGCUGCAGCAAAGCUUGAGAACAUAUAUAAGCUCAGCCCAGCGGAUGUUUCUGAUGUGGAAGAAUCAAAUCAUUCCGUCCAGAAACGUCGUAGGACAAGGAAGAGAAUGGGAGAAGGCAACGAGAAUGAUGAGAGAGAGGCGGGUAAAGUGGUGAGAAACCGUAGAAGGAAGACGAAGCGUUUGAGUCUUGAGAAUAGGAUAAUCCUAAUGCAGAAGAAAGAACAAGAAGGAGAGGCUGUCAGUUCGAAUCUCAGGAGAGGAGAUGGUGAAAAGGGUUAUGAUGUCGAUAAGCUUGUUAGGGGGUAUUCUGUCGCGACUGACUUAGUUAGCUUGGAUUGGAAGAAGAUGAAGAUACCACCAGUUCUCCCUUCUUCUGAACAUGCAUGGCUAUUCAAGCUGAUACAACCAAUGAAGGCACUGCUUCAAGUGAAGGAGGGACUGCAGAAAGAUUUGGGUAGGGCGCCUACUGAUGGUGAACUAGCAGCUGCAACAAAUAUGAGAGUUGCAAAGGUGAAAAGAAACAUAGAGGUCGGUCGAGCUGCAAGAAACAAGCUAAUCAAGCACAAUCUUCGGCUAGUUUUAUUUGUAAUCAACAAAUAUUAUCAAGAGAUCGCGAAUGAUCAGAAAUUCCAAGACCUUUGCCAAGCAGGGGCAAAGGGUCUCAUCACAGCCAUUGAUCGGUUUGAACCAAAGCGCGGUUUUCGACUAUCAACCUAUGGUCUAUUUUGGAUCCGACAUGGUAUAAUACGCUCCAUGACAGUGUCAAGCUUCACGCGUGUCCCAUUUGGCAUUGAAUCGGUUAGACAGGAGAUCCAGAAGGCCAAAUUAGAGUUGUUAUUUGACUUGCGAAGGUUACCAACAGAUGAAGAGAUAGUUGCCAAAGUAGGAAUCUCCCCAGAGAGAUAUCAGGAUAUCAUAAGGGCAUCGAAACAAAUAUUUUCCCUCAAUGCAAGGCAUAUGACCACUCAAGAAGAAUUCAUCAAAGGGAUUGCUGACAUUGAUGGUGUUGGAGCUGACAAACGGAGACAACCUGCGCUUCUCAGGCUAGCUCUUGAUGAUGUGCUUGAUUCACUGAAGCCCAAGGAGAGCUUGGUGAUCAGGCAGAGGUACGGGCUUGAUGGCAAAGGCAACAGGACACUGGGGGAGAUUGCUGGAAACUUGAAUAUCUCAAGAGAGAUGGUUCGAAAGCACGAAGUGAAAGCCCUGAUGAAGCUCAAGCAUCCAGCUCGAGUUGAUUAUCUUCGCAGAUACAUCGACUAAUAUCUGUACAUGGGCAAGCCAUGCAGCUCAUGUUGAUGUAAUCCUCCUCUCCCUAUGUGGUUGCUGUAUAGGAAAGAUCUGUAUCAUAGUUCCAAUAAGUUAUAUGAAUGAAUUUUUAUUGCCCAUACAACGAUUAAAACAUAUUCGAAUAAUUAGUUUGUAUACCUCAAGCAGAAUAUAUGACUUUGUAAUUUU